CAAAAAAUUUUAAAUUAAAAAAAAAAAGUGCUAUUAUUAUAAAACUGAAACAUUUAAAAAAAACAAGUGCGUUCCGUUUAAUUAAAUUUUUUCAAAGUUAAAUAAAUACAUUUUUUUAUAAUAAAUAAAAUAAAAUUUUAUUUUUUUCUCUUAAAAAAUUAUGAAAUAAAGAAAUUUAUAUUUAUUCAAUUUCAAAUUAGGGUGAAAAAAAAAAUUAACAAAUGACUUAAAAAAAAUAUUUUCGGUGAAAUUAAAUUUUUGAAAAAAAAAAAAAAAAAAAAAUGCAUAAAGAGUGUUUAAUUUGCGUGUUGAUCGUUUCGAUCGGAGUGAGUUGUUCCGCUUGGUCACAGGAAGAGAAAAAACAUUUUUCUGAUAUACGUCCUGCAACAACAAUUGUGGAGGAACGAAUUGCAAUUAGAGAAUCAGAUGAAGUUAAAGUCACAUCUAAUCCAUUACAAAUUAAAAACGAUGACACUACUGAUGGUGAUAAUAAAAAUCAAAAAAAAUUGAGACCCACCUCUGGAUAUUCGCAUGAAAUUAAAGGACCCGAAUGCUGUGGUCCAAAUAACGGUCCUUCAAGAUCUGAAGGAGUUAGAAAAAGUAGUUCUGAAAAUGAACGAGAUAAAUAUCCUCGAUAUGGACCUUAUCCUGAUGAAGGAAGAUUUAGUUGGCAAAGUUCGAAUCACCCUUCAGAAUAUGAAGAUAAUGGCGGUAGACCAGGAAGUUAUAGAGGACCUUAUGCCGGAAGUGAAUCAUAUUCAGAGAGAUUUAAAAAACCACAAUACGGCAAUGAAAAUAAUAAAGGAAAUUUAAAUUUUGGUGGACUUGAUAAAUUUAGCGGUAAAUUUGGCAGUAUAUUAAACAAUAAAUUUGGAUUUGCUAAUAAAUUUGGAAUUGGUAAUAAAUUUGGUUAUUAUGGCGAUGGUGAAUAUGGAAGGCCUGGUUAUCAAGAAAAUACUGAUCUAGCAAAUCAAGAAUCAGGAUUUGGAGGUGAUAAUACACCACAACCACCGGCAAAUUUUGCCACUCAACAGGCGGUUGCUUUGAAAGCACUUGCAGGUGUUGCUUUGAUUGGCGCUGCAGCAGCUUUAGCAACAAAUCCCGUCCUUCUGCCAAUAAGCGCCAUUGCCGGUCGAAGAAAACGCGAUCUUGAAGAUCAGUUCAAUAAAGAACUUUCAAAUUUUCCCUCAAAAAUAUUGAAGAAUUACGCGACAAAGAUUCCUGGAAAUAAUAAUGGACCUGAUUUAUCAAUAACUCCACAAUGUGUUGCUCGACUGGCUUGUGAAAUUCAAAAAGAUUAUAUCACUGAUUUAAAAAAAAAUAAGGAUAUCUUAAAGGAAGACAAAAACAGUUUCCAUGAUAUGGAGCGUUGGUUCAUGAGCCUUAUCCAGAAAAAUAUUCUUGAUGCCGACUACGUCGAUGGAAGUAUGAAAAAGUUGAUUAAAUUGGCCACCCUCGUUGGUUCAGAAGGACGGGAUUGUACAAUGUUUAUAUGCAGCAAUGUAAAAACUUAGAAAUUAUUUAUAUUCAUUUUAAAAAUAUCUUGUUUCCUCAUUUUUUUUUCUUUGUUUAUUAUACACGUAAGAAAUUAUUUUUUUUAUUUUAUUUUUAUAUGUCAUUUCAUAAAAAUAUAUCUUGAUGUUAAAUAAAAUACUCUUGUGAUUUAAUACGUUUAUGAUUAUAGUAAAAAUUUAAUAAAAAUGUUCACAUUUUUUUUAAAUUUCGUAUUUUAUGCGAAAUUUGUCAUUAAACAAAAAAAUAUAUAAAUAAUUUACGAACUUGAAUUCAAUUAAAUUUUAUCAUCAGUACGCUUUAUAAAUUCUCAUAUAUUUAUCAUUAUUUACAAUCUACAAUGUUGUUUUUUGGUUUUUUAUUAUUUUAUUCACAAGAAAAUUUGCGCAAAUUCAAAAUUAAAUUUGAAAUAAUUCAAGCUUUUUCUGAUUGGUUGUUUUUAAAUAUAAUCGAUUAAUUGAUAGUUUCGAUUGAUUUACUGCGCAUGGACAGAACGGAAUAUUAGCAU